GGUCAGCGGCCGGCGCGCCCUCUAGCGGCGGAUCAGCGCAGCGCCGUUUGAGCCCUCUGACCCUCCGUACUGGAUGCUGCUGAUGAACCUGCUCCGCGCUGUUUAUCCGUAGCCCGUAGGCUCCCUCCGCGCGAGGAGAAAGGCGUUGGAUUACGAGCAGACAGGCGGGGAUGUUCGGCCCUUAGUCCCGCAGUGAGGAGCCGCUGAGCAGCAGCAUGGAGGUGUGGAGACUCCCGCAUCCGUCCUGCCCGUCCGCCGUUCAGCUCUUCAGGAGAUGAAGUAACGCCGUUCUGACACAGAGGAAUCCGCGGCGGCUGCCCGGCAACCGAGCAUCCCCUCCCCGCCGCAGAUCAGCAGCAGACUCGGUGUUGUGUCUCCUCCAGCCCGCCGCUGCGGAUGGAGCUCUGAUUACCGGGCAGCUCCUCACUGAACCCCGGCGGGAGCAGCGCCGCUCAGCCGCGGGAUGAAGAGCAGAAACAAAGGGAUGCAGCGCUAGAGGGAGAGUCCGGGCUCGGUUCCGCGGGAAGGAAACUCCUCCAGGUAGUUCAGGACUGUCCCUUGGUGAGGCAGGGCAGGACAGGGCGAGGUGAGGAGGGGCCGCUGACCGGAUGCCCUUUGGGGCAGAAGCCGCAUGGCCUCGACCAUGAGCCGGCUGAUGCUGGGCCGGACGCUGGAGCGGAUCUGUAAGGCCGUGCUGCUGCUGUGUCUGGUGCACUUCCUCAUCAUGAUGAUCCUGUACUUCGACGUGUACAGCCAGCGCUUCGACAUCUUCAGCCGCUUCAACAACGGCCGCGGCGCCAACGCCUCCCGCGGACCCCACCACUACUACUACAACUACUCCAGACCCAACACCACCUUCCCCAGCUACCUGCCCGGCGCAGACCAGCUCCUACCCACCGCCAAGCCUGAGGCCAACCGCACACGCCCAACUCCAAAACCCAUCCCUCCCUGCCCUGAGGUGCCUCCUGGACUCGUGGGGCGUCUCCUGAUCGAGUUCAGCUCUCAGAUGACGAUGGAGAGGGUGCAGAGGGAGAACCCAAACGUGACGGAGGGGGGCAAGUACACGCCCACGGACUGUCGGCCCAAGCAGAAGGUCGCCAUCAUCAUCCCCUUCAGACACAGAGACCACCACCUGAAGUACUGGCUGCACUACCUGCACCCCAUCCUGCGCCGCCAGAAGAUCGACUACGGCAUCUACAUCAUCAACCAGCUCGGGGAGGACACGUUUAACCGGGCGAAGCUGCUGAACGUGGGCUACACGGAGGCUCUGAAGGACGCGGAGUACGACUGCUUCAUCUUCAGUGACGUGGACCUCAUCCCCAUGGAUGACCGUAACCUGUACCACUGCUAUGACCAGCCGCGCCACUUCGCCAUCGCCAUGGACAAGUUCGGCUUCAGGCUACCAUAUGCAGGAUAUUUUGGAGGAGUCUCUGGCUUAAGCAAAAAGCAGUUUCUUAAAAUCAACGGCUUCCCCAACGAGUACUGGGGCUGGGGAGGGGAGGACGACGACAUCUACAACAGGAUUACUCUGAACGGUAUGAAGGUGUCUCGGCCGGAUGUGCGGAUUGGCCGGUACAGGAUGAUAAAGCACGAGAGGGACAAGCACAAUGAGCCAAACCCCCAGAGAUUUAAUAAAAUCCAGAACACAAAGAACACCAUGAGGAAGGACGGCAUCAGCUCGCUGACGUAUCGCCUGGCCUCCGUUAAGAAGUACCAGCUCUACACCAACAUCUCAGUGGAGAUCGGCAAACCCCCUCCCAGACCCAUCAAAGGAUAGAUAGACCGGGACCUCUCUAAUCCAGCUCAACACACACACACACACCCACACACACACACACAAACACUCACACGUGAACACACACUGCGCUGGUCUGGGCCGUCUGCCUCUAACUGCAGCACUGACAUGCUGAACAGGUUAGUUCUCAGGAAUCCCCGCGGGGUCGUCCGGCAGCGAGCCGGGGGGCGGAGCUAUAAUCAUCUGAAUUCUAAUCCUCGCUCAGAUCCAGACUGCUACACUGACUCGCUCUGAGCAGAACAGAUCAUGUUUUGUUAACGGGACUCUGCUGCUAUAGAGCACAGGAAGCCAUAGCGAAUAUGGACGACGCCCCCUCCAGUAAACCGCUCCCCCGGAGGAGCUGGAGGCUCUGUGUGACAGGUUGAACAGUUUCUGGGCUCGGUCUCCAGGAGCACGGAUGCUUGGAAGGUUGGAAGAUUGGGAUGGUCUAACAGAAUUCCAAGCGAGGAGCAUCGCCCUGAUCACUUGAUGUAAAUCAGUUGAAGAUACUGACAGUAACAGUAACUGUACAUUGCAGAAAAUGAAUGUCUCUUUUUUUGUACCUGCAGCUCCUGCAGCGUCCGAGGUUUCUUCGUAUCUCUGAAGCCGGAUCUGGUGAAGUAGUUUAAUCGGUGCUUGAAGAAUUUUGAAGGCUUUGUGGAACUUCUCGUUCUUUUUCUCUCUGCAUUCAACUUCCUGCCUUUUCUUAUUUUCUAUCAGUUCAGUUUCUGUCUGUUUUUCCUGCUACGUGCCAGGCAGCGUUCUGCACUCCUGAGGAGAAAUUCUGAAUGUUGGAGAUAAGAUUAAUUAGUUAGUCUAAGAUUAUGUUCAGACUGCCAGCCCAAAUCUGAUUUUUUUCAGAUCUGGAUUGUAUUCAGAUUAAGUUUUGACAGACAGACACCACAUAAAAUCCACAUUAGGUAAAUCAAAUCUAAACCAUUGAAACCCAUUUGGAUGUAUUGAGAUGGAUCUCAGUCUGAAUGCUUUGGUCACCUAAUUUGACCUGGAUUACAUUUUUUUUGCAUAUCUUAAUUGUAUUUAGAUUUAGAUUAGUUUUUUUCAUAAUCUGGACAGCCAGAAAACACAUGGAAUCCGAAUUCGUUUCAGUCUGGAUGUUCAAGUUAGAUUUCAGUGUCUUUUGCAACACUCGCAGUGUGAAUACAACAACUAACCCCUUCGAAUUAAGAGUAGCACAUGUCCAGCCUACAUACUGAUGUGGAAUGUGGGCUUAGUGUGUUAAAUAAGAAAGUAAGCAUGGGUUUGUAUUAUGGGUAUAAAUAUCGAUAUUGCGAUAUAUUGUAUAGUUUUCAUUUGCAAAACAUUAUCGAUAUAUGGCUUAUUACAAUAUCGUCAAUGCUCUAAACCCUCAAUUAGACUUACGAAAUGUAUUGCUUCAUUACUCCAUGUGUUGGCAGUGGAAUUUGAUUAUUUAGGAGUAUUUUAUCCUUUUCAGGAACACAGAUGCUGUGAGGAAUUAAAGAUAAUUGUCUCAUGAUAUAUUAAGUAUCGAAUAGACACUGUAUCGAGAUAUAAUCAUUAUCGUGAGCAAUGUAUCGUGAUAAUAUCAAAUCGUGAGAUGCCCUGUGAUUCCCACCCAUACUUUCUACAUGUGUUUUUUUAUAGGGCUUCCCUAAUGGGCACCAUCAUUACAGCCAACCUAGUGUAAAACCUAGAUGGGGCCCAUUUUUAACCGUUCCUGGUCUUAUUACUGACAUCCAUAUAUGGGUCUAACAUGAAUAAACAGUUCUUAUUCCAAGUUGGGCUCACUAUCGAUGCCAAAGCAACCCAUGCAGAUACGUUUGUGAUGUCCAGACACACAAAUCCAAUCUGAUUACUUAAGCAAUUAACAGUGCAGGCAGUCUGAUUUGAUAUUUGAGAAACUAAUUAUCCUGCAGUCUGAACACAACCUAAAGCUCUCUUCAGGGUGCUGAGGGAACUAGAAGUAACUGUGUCUCCAUUACCUGCUCUGCCUGGACUCUUUAUAAUUUUUUUGUUUUCAUUUUUUUUCUGGCUACAUGCCAGGCAGUGUUCCGCACUCCUGAGGAAAAACACUGAAGAUAUACAAGAUUAUGUUCAGACUGCCAGCCCAAAUCGGACUUUUUUUAGAUCUGGAUUGUAUUCAGUUUUAGUUUUGACAGACAGACACCACAUACAAUCCACAUCAGGCAAAACAAAAACAAACCUUUGGACUCAUUUGGAUCCAUUUGGAUGCAUUUCUUGAGAUGGGUCUCAGUCUGAAUGGUUUGUUUACUUAAUUUUACCUGGAUUGACCUGGAUGCCUCAGUUUUUUUGCUAUAUCUAGAUUGUAUUCAGAUUGUUUUUAAUAGGCUGGACAGCCAGAAAACACAUGGAAUCUAAAUUUGUCUCAGUCUGGAUGCUUAAAUUAGAUUUUAAUGUGUCUCUUGCAUCACUUACGAUGCGAGUACAACAACUAACCCAAUUUGAUUAUUUAGGAGUAUUUUAUCCUCUUCAGUAACAAGCAUUACUGGUCUUAUCACUGACAUCCACAUAUGGGUCCAACAUGGAAAAUGUUUUUGUUCCAAGUUGGGAUUUCCCAUGUUGGGCAUGUUAUUGAUACCACAGCAACCCAUGCAGAUACAUUUGUGAUGUCCAGACACACAAAUCCAAUCUGAUCAGUAAGCAAAUAACAGUGCAGGCAGUCAUCUCAACAGAGCUGAUUUGAUAUUUGAGAAACUAAUCCAAUUAUCCUGCAGUCUGAACAUAACCUAAAGCUCUCUUCAGGGUGCUGAGGGAACUAGAGGUAACUGUGUCUCCAUUACCUGCUCUGCCUGGACUCUUUAUAUAUAUUUUUGUUUGUUUUUGAGAAAGCAGGAGAAAAGGAGCACUGCGAUGGAGGAAUACGGGGAUAAAGGGAACUUUAUUUAGAAGAUGGGACUCUUGAGAAAGCUCCUUGACCCCAAUCAUGAGUCGACUCCUCACUGCAGAUUGUUUUUAUUGUUUCUUCACUUCUGCCUCACUUCUGACUUCUGAGUUCUGUUCUCAUGCUACCACACUCUUACACCAGGGGGCGCUUUAAUCAGCUGAUGCCUCGCUGAGGGGGUCGAUCCUUCUCGGCUAGUUGGCUAAUCAGUUAGCCAGCUAACGUAAAAUAUCCAGUAUAUAUUCAGAUUAUCAAACACUUGAGGUAGUGUACGCUGGAUUAAACUGCAGUAUGAUGUUUGUUUGUUUUUUAUUUGCAUUAUCAAGUUUACUGUACUGUUCUUUUGAUCUUCUGUUAACCCCGCCCCCUAUUUUUUUUUCUGUUACUGCCUACAAACACCAAACUGAUGCCUUCAGACCUUUCACAAGGAGAACAAAAGAGAGAGAUUGCUGGAUUUCUGUUUGGGUUUUCUGGGUUAAGUGAGAUUCCAUCAUGUUUUUCAUUGCCGUUCGCUCACUUCAGCCUUGAGGAAGAGGAGGAGGAGGAGGUCACUGCAGACAUCCCGUCCACUUUCCACUCUCCACUUUCCACUUUUCAGUCUCCAUUCCUUUUUAAAAGCCUUUCCACAACGAGUGCAUUUUAUUUAUGUGUCCUUUUUCUUUCCCACUGCCUUUCUACCUUCUCUUCCACUCCUUGCCUCCAUGCCUCUCUCUAUGUGCCGUAUGUAGGAGUGUGUGUUGCCUCUCCAUUUGUGCAUUACUCAAAGCCCUUUCACACACAAGUGUGAGUACAAAAUAAAAUUUUAGAGUAGUGAAACCUUCUCACAAAAUCCAAGUCCAGCGUUUUUGCCCCUGAGCUCUUACUGUAAACAGGAAAUCAGUCUAGAAACUCUCAUUCAAACAACUCUCAAAUUACCACUCAAAAUAUGUUUCUCUGCUCCCUGUCCACUUCUGCUCUCUUUAUUUAAAGAAUAAAUCCUCCACACAAGUCUCGUUAGCAAGGGAAGCUAAGAUUACACUGCUUUUUGCAACCUGAAUGGACUAAAAGGCAGAAAAGUAUAGAAAAAAAUAUUUUUGGGGUGGCUAAAAUGAACAAAAAAUUCAGUAUUUUUGCAGACGAAAUACUGAACAAGCUUGUUUUUUUUAUUAAUUUUGCCACUUUUUUCAGAGCUUUGAACAAAUCGCAUAGCCUAAAAAUAUUUUGUCUUGUGUUUAAAAAAAUACAAAACUACAAUUUCAGAAUAUUAACUGAAUACUUUUUUUAUUUGCCCCAGCAUACAUACCCAAUACAAGCCCAAUACAUUUACUUCAGCUGUGCUGGUCUAAUCAUGAAUGUACCUCAGCAGUGCUACUCAAGUCACAUGUAAGUAACAUUUACUCAAAAAUGAAGGCAGCCAGUCUUUCAGCUAAGAAACAAAUGCUAAGGCUAGCUCAACUAACAUUACCAUUCUAGCCAUGUAGAGCUUGUACUUUAUAGCUGGAAAACAGACAGUUUGUGAAGAGGUACUAAAAAAGAUACCAGGUGUAGUGAGUAAUGCUGAACACUUUAUUAGGUUUCAUUUGUGUGAGCAGAAUGAGAUUACUGUUUCAGAAAAAACAUAUUUGAAAUCACUGAUAAAAUCUGAUAAAACCUCAAUAAUAUUUGUAGCAUUCGGCUUGUUCUGACUGCUGUGCUUGUGCAGAUCCCCAUAAUGAGAGGGGUGGGGCUUCCAUAUUAACACUUUCGGCUUAACCAGCAAGCUGAUUGGCUCGAUUUGUUGAAGGGAGGACAAUUUUUUCUCAAUCAGAUAUUCUCCAGCCUUUUAGCUCCAAAUGGUUUUCUUGAUUUCAACACAUCCAAUGUUACAGAGAAUUAAAAACGCAUUUGCAUUUAUAUACAUGCUUCUGUUUUCCAAAAUUGUGUUUACCACUAACUCCCCUCUGAUUUGUCUAAAAUCGUUUCAAAAAAGCUUAUUUCUUUCUAUUUCUGUAGACCUGCAAUAUUUCCUAUAUACAGCCUAACUCUAUAAACAUACUCUCAACAUGAACAUAUAUUCUGAGCAGUGUCGUCAGCUCCGUGCAACACUAUUAAAUCCUCAUUAUAAAUCCGCAUUAUAUACACAGUAUAUAUGUACAGUCCAGCAGAGAUCAUAUCUAAUCUACAGUGAUGCUCAGACAGUAGACAUGCAGUUAAUCACAGUUCAGAAUAUCAAACAGUGAGCAGUAUAGGAUAGUGAGAAAUCUAUUGUACGUAAUACACAAUACUCAGUAAUCUUACAGUAUCAGCCAGAACUUCUGCCUGUGUGAAAGUUUUAAAAAUCAUUCAUCUCUAAAAUGAGUUUUUAUUUACUUUUUUUCCACCAAAUCUUAUGUUUAUAUAUGUUUUUGAUCAGUUCUAAUUACAAUUAAUUAUUGCACACAGUAAUUUACAUAUUUGUAUACUUCCCCCCCUUUAGUGGCACCAAUUGAUUAAAUGUUUGGCAUUUAAACUAAGUACAUUUACAUGUUCCUAAAAUUCACUCAUAAUCAGAUUUUUGCAGUUAUCUCAUUAUCAUUAUAGUGGGCAUGUAAACAGCAUAAUCCAAUUUCUUUGAUCUGAAAUCUAUAAAUCUGAUUAAGAAAUCUGAUAAAGAGAGCUGGAUUUAAGCUCAGUUAUCAGAUUUACCAGUGCAUGUUAACCUUAACUGGAUUAUUCUGGGAUGUCUCAGCCUGUGCAUAAGUGAAAACAGACUAAUAUCUCAAAAAUCUCAAAAAUCAGUCUGGCAGUCAUACCAGUCAUGAACAUAGUGUUAUUUAGGUUUAUUUGCUGUGUUCAGACUGCAAAUAAACCAUUUUUUUUCUCAAAUCGGUUUCUAAUCUGUUGAGAUGGGUGAAUUUGGAUUUGAUAAACCAGAGUGCAAAUUCAGUACAAAAAUCGAAUUGUAAAGUGGUUUGUAAAAAUCUGACUAUGUGGUUUCUGGCUGUCCAGAUUAUCAAAAAUCAAUCUGGAUUUGCCAAAAUUCUGAUUUGAGUGGCUAGUCUGAACAGAGCCAUAGAGCUGUCUAAGCUAUGUAUGAAAAAUCAGAUUUGUUGCACUCUGUUAUUAACUGUAAGUGAUCAGAUCAGAUAUGAUCAAAAAUCAAUCUGUAUACAAUCUAGAUCCAAAAUCUGAUUUGGUCUGACAGUCUGAACAGAUUUUGGAGUUAUUUAAAACACCCCAGUUAUUUUUCACACCAAACCCACUCUGACUGAAUCUGUUCACAUUUUCACCAUUAUAUCAUGCAGAUAAAAUAAAAAAGUGACUUGAUAUUAAAAUAUAAGCUCACUGUUGUUUAUGAAAGAAGUUAAUUUAGGUUUAUUUUGGUUUGUUGUGUUUUAUGGUCUCUUUUUUCCUCUCUUUUUUGUUUAUGGGCUGUUUCAUCCCCUUCCCCUCUCAUAGCGCUGCUCCUGUUUCAUAACACUGGAAAUCCAAUCAGAAAGAACUCACACUCAAAGCUCAUCACAGAUACUGCACACUAUAACACUAUAACAAGAUGGAUCCAUCAGUCACUGUCAUUAAUAAAGUAUAAUCAUUGUGUCAGUAUAAUCUGCUCUAAUGUGGGCGUGGCCAGACUCUCAGCAGAAGCACAGUCAUAAUACAGUGGAUCUGUGGUUUAGUUUUUGUCGUUUUUUUUUGUUUGUUUUACAUAUUUUCUUUUCCAGUGGGUGGGCGGGGCUAGAGGCCUUUACGCCCCCUUAUCUAAAGUGAAGCACUAGCGCACAAUGUGUAACUCCUCCCCCUCAGUCUCCUCCCUUCUGGUGUUCAUGCCCCUCCCCCUCUCCUCCUCACCCGUCCCACCCUGCCGUCCCUCCCGGGCUUCUCCCUCUGUGUCGGGCUGGGGGCUGUUAGAGAGAGGGGGGGCGGAGGGGUCUGUCUGAAAUUCUGCUACAGGACGUCCUGCAUACGAAACACUACGAACUGCUACUGACUGCCUCCGGUCUUCAGGACUGGAGAGGCUUUUUAAAGACUUACUGUAUCUAUCUAGGGUUUUUUUUGUACAUUGAAUGUCAAAAAUGUUAUAUCUUAUAUAUAGAAUGCAUUAUGUCAUAUCAUACUUUUUGUAUACAAUCAAUAAAACAGAUGCUGAAAGAGA